AUGGGUGUAAAGGGUCUCAAUCAAUUGAUCAAGGAACAUGCGCCUGAUGCGUUUAAAGAAUAUCAAUUGAAAAAUUUAUUUGGUAGGAAAGUAGCUAUCGAUGCUUCUAUGUGUUUAUAUCAGUUCUUGAUUGCUGUUAGACAGGCUGAUGGUCAACAAUUAACAACUGCAGAAGGAGAGACCACUUCACAUUUACUGGGAAUGUUUUAUAGAACACUUAGGCUUGUUGAAAAUAACAUUAAACCAGUAUAUGUGUUUGAUGGAAAGCCACCGGUUUUGAAAGGAGGAGAAUUAGAAAAAAGGCUUUUGAGGAAAGAGGAAGCUCUUAAACAAAGGGAUGAUAUAAAGGAUACUGGUACUGUAGAAGAGAUUUUGAGGUACGAGAAGAGAACAGUAAGAGUGACAAGAGAACAGAAUGAAGAAGCCAAAAAAUUAUUGGCUUUGAUGGGUAUUCCAUAUGUCGAUGCUCCAUGCGAAGCAGAAGCAGAGUGUGCAUCUCUUGCAAAACAUGGAAAGGUUUAUGCUGCAGCAUCAGAAGAUAUGGAUACCUUGUGUUAUGAACCGCCAUUUGUCUUAAGACAUUUGACAUUUUCAGAGGCUAGAAAGAUGCCCAUAGACCAAAUUGACUAUGACAAAGUAUUAGAGGGGUUGGGAAUGGACAAGAAGACGUUUAUUGAUAUGUGUAUUUUGCUUGGAUGUGAUUAUUGUGAAACAAUCAAAGGAGUGGGGCCUGUAACGGCUUUCAAGUUGAUUAAAGAACAUGGCUCACUCGAUAAUAUAGUAAAAUAUAUAAAUGAUAACCCCGACAAGACAAAGUACUCGGUUCCCGAGAACUGGCCCUUCGAUGAGGCAAGAGAGUUAUUCAUGAACCCAGAAGUUGCUGAUGCCAACGAGAUUACUUUAAAAUGGAAAGAACCGGAUGUGGAAGGACUUGUAGAAUAUAUGGUUAAGCAAAAAGGAUUUAGUGAGGAUAGAGUUAGGAGUGGAGCGGAGAAGUUGAAGAAAGGUCUAAAAGCAGGAGUACAGGGCCGCCUCGAUGGUUUCUUUUCUGUCGUUCCUAAGAAAGAAAAAGAUGCCGACAAGGGCAAAAGAAAGGCAGACGCAAAAAAUGGUAAAAACAAGAAAGUCAAAUCUAAAAGGUAA